CCUACCCUGAGCGAGGCCGGGGAUCGAACCUGUGGCCUCCUGGAUACUAGAUGAGUUGGUAAGUUGUUGAGCCACAAAGGGGGCUCUUUUGCUUUUUCAAGCCUGCCUCUGGGGCAGGUGGAAGCCCCUGAGCCAGGGGUUGGAUCGGAUCGGAGCCACAGCUGCAGGCCUACACCACAGCCAUGGCAACACCAGAUCAGAGCAGCAUCUGCGGUGUACCACGUUUCUUGCCGCCACGCUGGCUCCGUAACCCACUGAUCAAGGACAGGGAUCGAACCCGCCUCCUCCCUCACAGAGACGAUGUCCGGUCCUCAGCCUGCUGAGCCACUGUGAGAACACCGCAAACAGGUAGUCGGAUGCAGAAAUGUGAAUAUGCUUGAUGAGAGCUGGGCCCGGUCGGGGUGUUGGUACCCAUGGCUAAAAUCGGAAACAUUCUGGAAUCCAAACUCUAUCCCAUCUCUAAGGAUCCAGCGUGGGGGAUGGGUGGGGAAAACCCCACAAGAUUUAGAGGGCCCGGAGGCCAAGGAAGGACUCUGGAGGGGGCUUCAACGUCUGGGGGAUGAGAGGUCAGAAGGAUCAGGAGAGCUAAGGGGCGGGAGUCCCCAGAGGGAUGGCCAUCGCCCCGGGGGACCAGUCAGAGAAGGGGGCGGCAGCAGCAGCCAUCGCACGUUGGACGUGACCUGGUGUGUCAGCAUGCAGCCUGGGCAGGAGGAGAGGCACUGGACCCCCAACACCCUGAGCGACUCCACCAGCCUUUGUCGUUGGCCACAACAGGCCCGGCCCCAGGGGCCCGGGAGUUGUGGCCCAAAGAGGUCUUCGGCCCUCUGCAGCCCGGCUUGCGCGCCGGGCGCCGGGAGGCGGUCCCGAGGGCCCAGCGAGCCCGCCUUGGCCACGCCUGCUCGGUUGGGACCGGGCGGGACAUGCAAACUGCAAAGGUCGCCCCAGCCCGAGGCCGGCGAGGCCGCGAGCGGUGGCGGAUCCCUCUUUGCCGACGUAGGGAGGAAAACAUCCGCGGGAGAGGCCGGCGUAGCGACCGGCGCAGUGGUGCGAGGGAGGCGAAGGAGGGGCGAGCGGGAGCGCGCGGUGGUGGGGGUCACCUUGACCCAACUCAAACCAGGUGUGUUUACCCGAAAAGAAGAAACUGAGGCGUUCCCACGGUGGCGUAACAGGAUCAGCAGCGGCUCUGCAGGGCCGAGACGCAGGUUCAAUCCCCAGCCUGGCACGGUGUGUUAAAGCAUCCAGCGACGCCCCAGGUGCGGCGUAUAGGUGGAAACUGCUCCGGCACAAGGCACACCUGUGGCUUGGAUCGGAUCCCUGGCCCAGGUCACCCCGCUAGAAAUUAACUAACCUGGGCUUUGAACCAAUGCUGCAUUGUCUAUGAAACCAAACAAAUGGGAGCUGAAAACACG